UUCGGCCAGUGAGUUUAUCCAACGGUUGGAUACUUUGGUGAAUCUAGGCUGUUAUUUAGAGUCUCGCAUCAGUCUCCCGCUGUGUUUAACCAGUAUUUGUAUCAUUCGUGAAAAGAACUGUGGAUUAGCAGAGGGAAUUAAGGAUGAGCGUUGGUAUUGCGGUGCUGUUCCGAUAGUGGUCCUCCACGCCCCCUGGGCCCACGGCAGUCGCCGACAUGCUUAUAGAGAAUGUGGAUGUUUUUAAGACGUGGCUGGCCAAGUUACUGGAGCCCAUAUGUGAAGCUGACCCAUCGGCACUAGCAAACUAUGUAAUAGCUCUGGUCAGGAAAGACAAAUCUGAAAAGGAGCUGAAGGCCAUCUGUGCUGACCAAUUAGAUGUUUUUCUCCAGAAAGAAACAAAUGGUUUUGUGGACAAACUUUUUGAAAGCUUACAUACAAAGAACUACCUUCCUCCCGAAGAAACGCCAAAAGUCGAGAUAAAGCAAGAAAAAGAAGAAAAAGAGGAAACUCCCGAGAGACGGAAAAUUGCUGUUGCCACAGAGGGCCAGGAGCCCUUUGAAGAAGAGAGAGAGAACAGAAAAAGAAAGCAUACAAGCCCACAGAGAAACCGGUCUGAUUCAAAUGAAAGACGGAUUCGAGAAAAGACCAGGGAUGAAGGCAAAUGGAGGGAAUAUGACAGACACAGAGACAAAUACAACUGGCGGAGGGGGAGAAGCAAAAGUCCCCCUAAAAGCAAACCUACAAAUAGAAGUCGGAGUCGCAGCAGAGGAAGAAGCAGAGAGCGGGAAUUAAUCAGGAAUAGAGAGCAUCGAGAGAGAAUGAAGUUUGAAAGCGAAAGGAGCGAUCUGGAUACUGUGUAUACCCCAUCCUCCCUGCCAGCCAGCAACUCAUCGGAGCAACAGUAUUCCUCUGGUGGGCAGGCUAUCCCCAGCACUGUAACUGUAAUUGCACCUGCUCACCACCCUGAGAGCACAACAGAGAUCUGGUCUAAUUACUAUAACAACCAUAACCCUCCCAACUCGUUUAGCAGAAACCCCCCUCCAAAAAUGCGCUGCCGGGAUUAUGAUGAGAGGGGUUAUUGUGUCCUUGGUGAUCUUUGCCAGUUUGACCAUGGAAAUGACCCUUUGGUAGUUGAUGAUGUUUCUUUGCCGAGUAUGAUUCCGUUCCCCCCUCCUCCUGGACUGCCUCCACCUGGUAUCCUGAUGCCUCCUAUACCUGCCCCAGCUCACAACAUGAGAAUGCCAGUCCCAAGGCCGCUUACUCAGCCCCCUCCUUCCACUGUUCUUCCUGCACCACGGUUACCAUUAACGCAUUCAGGCUUGCUUAAUAACCGGGAACAGCCAGGAACAAGUACUGUGCCAAGUCUAACACCAGUUGGAGGAAGGCUACCUCCUCCCUUACCGCAGAACCUACUGUACUCCGUUUCAGAGCAAACAUAUGAGCCUGAUGGCUAUAAUCCAGAAGCUCCCAGCCUUACAAACACUGGUAGGACGGCAUACCGACAAUUCUUUACAAGAACACAGCCACAAAGACCUAAUUUGAUUGGUCUAACCUCGGGAGAAAUGGAUACAACACCAAGAGCUGCUAAUAUAGUGAUCCAGGCAGAGCCAUCUGCUCCAGUCCCUGUAAAUAGUAACAUGAACAGAGUUGUGGUAGAACCAGACAGAAAAAGAGCGCUUGGUAACUUUGAUGGUCCCUUCGCGAAGAAACCAUGGUUGGAAAAGCAAGGCAACAGCAUUCCUAAUAAAUCAGGGUUUAUAAAAAAGAUUCAGUACACCAAUACUAAACUUGAAGUUCGAAAAAUUGCUCAGGAUCUGAACAAUAUUACAAAGUUGAAUGAACACUUCAGCAAAUUUGGUACCAUUGUGAAUAUACAGGUUGCCUUUCAAGGAGAUCCAGAAGGAGCACUUAUCCAGUACUUGACCAAUGACGAAGCAAGGAGAGCUAUAUCUAGCACUGAAGCUGUUUUAAACAAUAGGUUUAUUAGAGUGCUCUGGCAUAGAGAAAACACUGAACAGCAACCUUUACAGCCGCAGCAACAGCAGCAUGUGCCUCUGCCUCAGCAUCAUACAUCUCAUACAGCUCAAACUGUGCAGCCGCCCCUUGCAUCAACAGGACAAGGACAUUUACAGAAGGUAUAGCCUAAACCCCUAAACCAGAGCUCUUACGUUCUAAAUAAUUUGCCUGUUAAGAAUCGUGUUGCACAGUCUGGCAAUAUUCCAACAGAUGCAGCUAGCCAAUUAUCAAACCAAGCCAGCUCAGGAGAGGAAACUCAGUCAAUAUCAUCCAUCAGCCAUUCAAAAAUGGUUUACAGCUCUUCAAACUUGAAAACUGCCAAUAAACCUUUGGCAGGAGCAAAAUCUGUUAAUGUGCAAGGCUCGCUUAAAAAGAAACAGGAAGCAAUAAAACUCCAGCAAGACAUGAGGAAAAAAAACCAAGAGAUGUUAGAAAAGCAAAUUGAAUAUCAGAAGAUGCUAAUCUCUCGACUAGAAAAAAAUAAGGGAAUGAAGACAGAAGAAAGGAAUGAGAUCAUGAAAACGCUUAAAGAACUAGAUGAGAAGAUUUCUCAGGUGAAAGAUGAGUUGAAGAAUCUUUCUGCACCCUCAAAAGUGAAGUCUAAAACAGAGACCCAGAAGGAACUCUUGGAUGCAGAAAUGGACUUGCACAAACGACUCAGCUCGGGGGAAGAUACAACAGAGUUGAGGAAAAAGCUCAAUCAGUUGCAGGUUGAGGCUGCCCAUCUUGGCAUCUUGCCUCCAAGCAGAGGAAAGCCAGUACCUUCCCAGAGCAGAGGUAGAGGAAGAGGUCGAGGUUCAAGGGGCAGGGGCUCAGUAAACCACAUGGUUGUGGAUCAUCGUCCAAAAACAAUACUAAUUAAUGGGUUUUUUGAAAAGGAGAAAGAAGAACUGCUUCAACAUUUUGCUAAAAUUGGUGAAAUUGAAGAGUUAAAAGAAGAGGAUUGUCCAGAAAGUAUCGUAUUGACAUUCAAGACAAGGCAAGAUGCUGAAAAUGCUGCUAACCAAGGGUCAAAAUUCAAUGGACGAAUGCUUCAAAUAUCCUGGCACAAACCUAAAACUCCUACUACAUCCACAGAUCUUGAGGAAGAAGAGUCAAAAGAGGAGGAAACUGAUAUAUCUGAUCCAUUCCUUCAUGAAGAUGAUGAUGAGGAUGAAGAUGAAGACGAGUCUCGCUCAUGGCGAAGAUGAGAGCCAAUACAGAAUAUAUGUACAUAGGAAUUGAGUUUUUUUUGUUGUUUUUUUAAGUAUUGUUCAUAGACUUUUUUUACCGUUCUAAAACCAGUAAAGGAGGAAAAAGCAAAAGUUGAGCCAAAUGAGCCAAAAGAUUGUUUUAUUUUUUUCCUUUGCAAAAAUAGUAAAUACCUUGAUUGUACAAAUGAUAAAGAAUGUGAUACUUUUUCUAUGAAAGCCAAAGGUGAAGAUAUAUUAUUAUUUUUUAUUAUUAAAUGGUAAUGAGAUGUAGUAUAGGGUAUAAGAAAUAUUUUUGGAGGCCUUCAAAGUUCAGAUGAAUUUUUUCACAUACAAGUAGACCUGAAGAGUGAUAAAAAAUAAACACCCUUCAGGCAUUA